AUGGUGUCUAGCAAGAAAGAAGUGUCAUCUGAAUUUCUUCCCUUCCUCAGGGUCUACAAAGAUGGUUCAGUUGAGAGGUUUCUUGAUUCACCAUAUGUUCCACCAGCAUUAGAAGAUCCUGCCACUGGAGUUUCCUCAAAGGAUAUAACCAUUUCUCCAGACAUCUCAGCCAGAAUUUACCUCCCAAAGCCCCCCACCACCACCCAAAAGCUUCCCAUUUUAGCCUAUUUCCACGGUGGAGCCUUUUGUAUUGAGUCUGCCUUCUCUUUCCUCAGCCAGCGUUACAUCAACACCUUGGCGUCUCAAGCCAAAGUCCUCGUUGUAUCAGUUGAAUAUAGACUAGCCCCUGAAAACCCAAUUCCCACAGCUUAUGAAGAUUCAUGGGCUGCUCUUCAGUGGAUUGCAUCACACUCCAGCAAUGAUCAAAACUACAAAAAAGAGCCAUGGCUUCUCAACCAUGCAGAUUUCAAUCGAGUCUUUGUCGGCGGCGACAGUUCAGGAGCAAACAUAGCACAUAAUUUGAGCUUAAGAGCCAGCCGUGAGAGCCUUCAAGGUGGCAUGAGUAUCCACGGAGUUUUGCUUUCUCAUCCUUACUUUCUGAGUUCAAAGCCAAUAAGUUUAGAGCCAAGUUCUGAUGAUGAUGUUGACAAGAAUUUACUCUACAAGGCUUGGGAAUUCGCGUAUCCAAAUGCACCAGGAGGUUUUGAUAACCCAUUGAUCAAUCCAUUUUCUAAUGACGCACCCAGUUUAUCAAGCCUGCAAUGUUCAAGAUUGCUUGUUUGCGUCGCUGAGAAAGAUGAGCUGAGGGAAAGAGGAGUCAGGUACUUCAAUGCAAUCAAGAAAAGCGGAUGGAAAGGAAAGGUGGAGCUCUUUGAUGUUGAAGGAGAAGAUCAUUGUUUCCAGAUUUUUGAUAUUGAAAGUGGAAAUGCCAAAAUCAUGUUCAAACGCUUGGCUUCCUUCCUCAGCACUCCAUUGAAUUAGGAUAUAGCAGUAAUAGACUGUAGAAGUUGGUGUACGUUCUUCAAUUUGUUGGGCUGUAUUCUUUAA